ACGGUGGAAGAGGCUUCAGACAAAGCUACAGAUGCAGCUUUUGGACUUGCUCCAUCAGGCAAGCAGAGAGGGAAGGCUGCGGUAGAGUUGAGGACUGGUCUUGUUCGCAACCAUGAACAGGCUUACAGUGAAGCUCAAGAGCUUUUGACUCAGUGGGUAAAUGAUAAGAUCCGACUGGAUGUGGAAGAUGGCUUUGAUGACUUGGAGGCUUGGCGCCGAGCUCGAGAGGUCACAAAUAAUAAACACAUAGCUGAGAAGAAAGCCACUGCUAGCGAGGAUUUCUCUAUAGAGAGGCUAACAAGGCUGGCUCUGGAGGAUGAUAUUGAUGUCGAUGAGGCUGCAAUUUACGAACACCCAUAUGCAAAUUUGUACAACCUUGAAGAGAAAGACGCCGUCGAUGUUGUGCUAAAGAAUAUGCUGUCUAAGGAAAUGGUCAAGGACACUUUCAAAAAAGACCUAGGAUUUGGCGAUGAUCACCUAAAACCUGACCCUCGCACAAAAAUGGAACUUCGCCACAACCUG